AUGAGACGGACAGUGCUGAGCAGCACCGAGCCCCUGCUCCCUCCAAGCCACGGCAGCAGCGAGGGGGUCACAGCCCGUGAUAAAUCCUCUGAGCAGGAGGACAACCACCAGAGCCAAGAACUGUUCGUGCUGAGCGAGGGAGCAGCGCCGGCCCCGGCAGCAGCGGGGCCCGAGGCAGCGGCGAGGCCGCGGGAGGCUCCGGGAGCGGAGGCUGCGAACGGCAGCCGCCCGCCCGCCGCGCCGGGCCCCGGCAACCACAGCGGGGCCCGGCUGAGCCCCGUGCCCGCGAUGCUCCGCGACCUCUCCGCGCUCAAAGCCGCCGUCAUCGGGGCCUGUGCGCUCACGGCCGCGCUCAUCGCCUGCCUCCUGCUCCGCGUCUUCAGGUCUGGCAAGAGGAUUAAGAAGACCAGGAAGUACGACAUCAUCACCACCCCGGCCGAGCGGGUAGAAAUGGCUCCUCUGAAUGAAGAAGACGACGAGGACGAAGACUCAACAGUGUUUGAUGUGAAAUACAGGUAAAGCAGCUCCGUGGAGCACCAGUGCCCUGCAAGACAUCAUUCUGCUGUCGAGGGACCUGCUGAACCCAUAACUGUGAAAGGGGAGGCUUUCAUCUCUGCAGCACUACAACCUCACCUCCUCGAGGUGCUGUUUGUACAGCAGACUGUGGAUCUUCUGACUAAAACAGCACCAUUUGGCUCCCUGGUGUCCCAACUCCUGCGUUGGAAUGACCAGAGUUCCUCUUUGCAAACUGGGCUCUCUUGCUUUAGGAGGGCUGCAGUGUCACCAAAGCAUUACAAGUUGCAGCUCCUCACGGUCUAAAUAAGUUUUGCAGAAGGAGGAAGACAAGGAAGAUUAAACUGAGCUGCCCCAAGGACUUAUUUUCUAAAAUCAUAAUUCAACACUUCAGUCGCUGUUAAACUUCAGUCAUUGUUAAACAGAUCAUGUGUUUAAAAAAAAAAUCUAGAAGUAUUUCUGGGCCUUACAGAGGUGACUUAGGACUUAAGAUGGUAAAAAUGUAAGCCAUGCUGAAAUGCCACACUAUGUUUGGUGUAGGGUUUGGGUGGGAAGGGGUUGGGAGGUCAACUCAUGUAGGAAAUUUUCUUGACUUGCUACUGAUUUUCUUUUUUAAACAACAAUUGCACUAAGUUUUCAUGAUGACACUCUCAUUGUCCCAAGGAGCUCUGAUCAGAUCAACUUCAGUAAGUGAGACCACAGGGAAAUAGGAAGAAUCAGGCAUGCUCUAAACUACAACAAUCUUGGAUUAAAGAAGAUAUAUUUUUGUAAUUUUCUGCCCUUCCACUGGGAGUAAAACCAGUGUUUUGUACUGUCCUGUGCUGACUGUAACUUGUCUACAAUUCAUUACCUUUUUCUAAGCAAAGUAAGUCCUCAUGUGGAAUGAUUGGAUUGCAGAGACAACAUGUCUUAUUUUUCAUGGAAGCUUCAUGUAAGUGAUCUUAUUCUCUGUCAAACUGGAAGUUUUCCCUUACUACCUGCUUGACAAAGCUCAUUUAACUCAAGGACGAUUUUUAGCUGUUGUUUCCUGCUGUGCUUUGUGCUGCAGAGGUCAGAGCUGUGGGAUGACACUGUGGGAAUUAGAUUGCUGCAUCUGGAAAGGUUGGGUUUGGGAGACCACAGGCAUCCAGGCAUUCCAGGCCAGCGGUGCAAAGGGCAAACCUAACUGGGUUACUUUCUUUACUUUGUGGUUUUCCGUUAGAGUAACCACAGAUGAGUUUCAGACUUUGCUGUUUACUGCACUCCUUAACACCUUCUAUUUUGGGUUUUUAAGCUGGCUGAAACCUUGCUUUUCUUGGGGAAUGCAUAUUUUCCAAUUGUUUUAGGAUUGUCCCACUGUUUGCUUGACCCUCUCCCAGCCUUGCAGUUGCAAUCCCUCAAGGAGACUGCAGUUUCUGGCAAAGCACCAGCCUUGUAGCAAGCUGCCACUUUUGGGAUUUUUAUCUGUUUUUUUAAAGCCCUAUUGAGAUUUGAGGCUUGUUGAGAAACCAAACUGCUUUGUCUUGAUACCACGACCUGUGCCAGUUCUGUGUGGUUCCCCUCGGCCCUUCAGUCAGUAAAAGGAGGUGAAGGGGAAUUUUUUUCCUUUCCAGCAGCCUUGUGCAUUCAUCCCAGCAGCUGCCAUACCACAGUCACCCUAGCUGUGACUCAGCAAAGGCUUUGCAGACAGCCAACUCAGCCUGGAUGGAAAAAUCCCAAAGCAGACUGUUGUGUUAAUAUUAGUCAUCAAGGCAAUAUAAAAUGCUCUGUUAUUUUCAUUCAUGGAAUAGUUUGAGUCAUUCUGUGCCUCUGUUACCAAGCAAUAUUUGACUUGUCAGCUGUGAGGUGAGGAUGGGCUGGGCAGGUUGUUCUGGCUGGCAGGAGCCACAGGGAGCAGAGAGUAGAAUGAUGCUGUAGGUUCAGGUGAGGUCUGGAGCUCUCAGGUGAGGUCUGGAGCUCUUUCCUCACCUCAGUAAAACAGGUUUCAGGCUCUAGGCUGGAUGCCCCAGAAGGAAAUACUGGGUUUCUUCAGGGCUGCAAAAUUGAAGGCUGGGAAUUGAACCUCGUGGGCAGACCAAGCCCUUUUGAAGUCAGAGAAGUGGCAAUGCUGAGAGGAGAGAGGGAGGUUAAAAGCUUCUGUUGGCAUUUGCCGAAGGAGGGGACAGGAUGAGGUGGCUGCCCUGUCUGUGCAGGCACCAUGGCAACGUGUUCAUGCCCACUCUCCUGCCACACUCAUUAAGCUGAGCAUCAGGCACUCUCAAGAGUGGAGAGAGGGAAUGAAACCAUCUCUUUGCACAAAAGAAAGGCAAGACCAAGUUAUGUAGGAGAGAGACGAGAAGAAAAUAUUCAUGAUGCCUUCUGAGCAAGUCAGUUCUUGAAAUCAGUUUUUCCAGCAGCUUCAGGUCACUUGCUGAGUUAGUCUGGCAAAGGCCUUCUGCUCCCCUUGCUUAAAAAAAAAAAAAAACAAAAAAAUCCCACUAUUUUCACAACAUGGCCAAAUCUCAAUGGUGGACAGGGACCAGGUAUUUAAGAUGUUGAAGAUGGAGGUGCUCAACAGCAGCUGGGAUUUCCUGGCUCCUUGAGGAAGUCCCAAACUGUGUGCCAUAAGCUAAAAAGUGCUUAUAGGGAAGCAGCAGCUGCUUGUUGGAAAAUAAAGGUCAACCUGACCAGUUGCUCACAGUCAUGAAAAUAAUCCAAAUGCUUUGUCUGAUACUCAGUUGCUGUUGCAAAUGUGAGGCAAUGUUUACCUCUACGAAACUUGCUGUAUGUGAUUUAAAGUGUCUGGUUAAAUGUUCUAUAGCUAUAUUUAGUUAAGAUUUUAAGAGCACUUGACGUGGCUCAUCUAAUAGUAUAUAUAUGAAUAUUUUUUUAAUUGUAGAAAUCAGUUUAAAACAUAGUUUUAAUAAUUUGAACUGUUUGGUUCAGGUAGUUAUAGGAGUUCAUCAGAGAAGAAAUAGCCAUUAACCACUACAUGAGUUUUUUUACCUUAAUGUUCUGUGUAUUUUACACUGCGGAUUUAAUCUGUGACUGUAACGUGUCUUAGUAUCUGCUGCUAUUUUGUGUUGCGUAGUCAAACUUGCUUUGUUCAAGAGCAUUUUAAAAGGCAUAUUUUUUUGUUACAGAAAAUGAAAACAGAAAUGUUAUUACAGCUGUCUGUCUGUAGCUCACUUACUGCUUACAGAAUCCUCCAGCUCCUGGCUGAGGCAAACAGAGUGUGUGAGUCAGAGGCUUUUCCCUUUGUGCAUGUGGAGGGAAAACCCUGCACAGAAUUGCAGCUGCUUUGCUCCAGCCACAGCCCUGUCACCAGAGAUUACACCUGAGAAGCCAGAAAUCAGUGUGCCAUGCUUACCUGCAGAACUAAGUACACAGAUAGCUUUGUAUUUGCAUUUUUCCCUCUUUUGUUCCCUGGAAAUUGCAGAGAUGACUGCGAACACUUGUUUAGCACACUGACUCUGUGAUCCCCUAGUGUUUAUCUUAAGACCAAACUUAGUUGUAACAGUCUACAGGCACUAAUGAAGCUUGAACACAUAGACACUAAUUAACUCAAACACUUUGUUCAUAACUGUUCCCUCUAAUUCCAUGUACAUAGUAUAAUCUCUGCAGGGUGAUGGGCUGUGGUUUUUGUUAAAGAUUUUUCCUUGCUAGGUGAGUUUCUGCUGCUGCAGUUUGUGUGUGAGGAGGUAUCAGGACCAUGUGUUCAGUUUUGUGCAAUUGCUUUGAAGUUCUUUUUAAAAAGAAUUUGUCAUUGUGACCAAAGCUUCUUUUUAAGGAAAAAUUGGUUGCGUUUGAAUGGACUUCAUGUGUUUCAGUAGAAACUGCCAUCAUUAAACGUGUUCUUGAAA